AACCAGCAAGUAUUAUUUGGAAAGCGAUACAGAAAGCGACUUGGUGCGAAAGCACUGCGAUUAUACGAAGUUAUCACUCAACUCUGUGACAAAAGCGACAAAAUGUCUCUUCUACCAUUCAUCCUUGGCUACGAACAUCCCCACCGCAUCCUGGACCAGGACUUUGGCUUGGCACUGACUCCUGAUGAUUUGCUGACAGCGGCUGUUGCUCCUAUGCUCUCUCGGGACUACUACCGGCCCUGGCGCCAGUUGGCUGCUGCCGCGCGAGAUGUCGGUUCCACUAUCAAGUCCGACAAAGAAAAGUUUCAAGUCAACUUGGACGUUCAGCACUUCUCGCCAGAAGAGAUUACAGUAAAGACCGCCGAUGGUUUCAUCGUGGUCGAGGGAAAGCAUGAAGAGAAAAAGGAUGAGCACGGAUUUAUUUCACGGCAGUUCAUCCGGCGCUACGCCCUGCCUGAAGGCUGCGACCCAGAAACUGUUGAAUCUCGACUUUCAUCUGAUGGUGUGUUGACGGUUAUCGCUCCGAGGACUGCUCCAGCUUUGAAGAACGAGAGAUCGGUGCCGAUCGCACAAACUGGACCAGUCAGAAAGGAAAUCAAGGAUCAGACGUCACAGGCUAGCGCUAAUGGAGAGAAAUAACUUCAAUAUUUAGGUGUAAAAUCUUGUGGUGUUAUGAUUUUUUUGCAAGACUGAUUAUGUAUUCUCAGUAUUAUAAUAAUUAUUAUAUUAUGUUUGUACUUAUGAAACGCUUAAUAUACGAUUAUCAUUUUUUGUAAAGAUA